AAAAUCAUCAUACACGCGCCUUCAUCUCCGGAAAAAAUUUAUUUUUGUUAAAAAGGAAAAAAAUAAUAAAGUAAUCAUGAAUUUCAAAUGCUGUUUCUUCAUAAACGUAUUAGCAUUGGGGUUGUUAUGCUUUUCCAAACCGAUGUUAGGCGGUCGUCUGCAAUUACGUCCUCUUUCAACUGACGAAGUUAUUCGCAUACUCAAAGAAAACGGUAAACCUGAUGCCAAGCCUCAAGGUCGCUUUUUUACUACGGGUGUAGCAGCUGUUAAGGGAUUUGCUUUAGGCUUAACGAAAGGCGUUGGCAUACCUUUGGUUUAUGAGUUCGCCACUUCGAACAGUACUAUUGAGUUUCUUAAUAGGCUUACUUAUAAUGGCCAAAACCAACCAGUGCAAUAUGAAACGGAGGAAGUUUGUAUUGGUGGCGAUGACGAUUAUGAUGAUUAUUAUGAUUGCGGUAAUGAUUGCGACUACGGUAAUUAUUACUACAAUAACGACUAUGACGACGAUUACGACUAUAGAAAACGGAAAGGUCGAGCUGAUAAUGUUAAUUUACCCAAAGACACUAUGGACACUUUAAAGAUGAAAGAAAUACUAUCAUCAAAUAAAGCUGGUAGUGCAAGUAAGGUUGAAUAUAAUGAUAAAGUUUCUUCUACUGCGACAGAUUCAACUGGCGCUACUCAAAGCAAGCGCAAAAAGCGCAGUAAGACUUGUAUAAUUGUGCAAAAACCUAAAGUGCAAAGUAAUCGAUAGAAAAUAUAAUCAGUUGCGGAAUUUUUAAAAUAUAUUAUUAUGUAUUUAGUAUUAAGAUUAUUUAUUGUAGAUUUAAAAAAAAAAAGAUUCUAAAAGUGGAAAAUAAUCUUAGUGAAGAAAAUAAGUGAAUAACAAGUUUUAGAAGAAGAGCUAAGAAAAUCCUUCG